GACUUUUUUUUUUUUUCUAAUUUAGACAGCUAAUAUUUUUGCUCAUACACAAAAAGGGGCGACAAUGCACGACCAUUUGGAGGCCACCAGCACUCAGGGGCAGCCGUCGAAUUUUGGGCUCAGCAACAGUUCGGACCACGGCACGUUCCAGGUGCGCGGGCUGCCACGGCAGACGCACCUGGACCGGAUAUAUCUGAACGGACUGCACACGCUGCUGCCGUUCUGGAUCACAAACCUAACGGACGCCGACAUGACAAUCAGCAUGUCAGACACGCUGGGAGGAUCGGUAAAGUUCCACACACAGAACCCGAACUGGGACGCAGUGCCCGGGGCUGUGCGCGAGACAUACGUACAGGUGGUGGCGGGGGAAGAGACGACACUGGUAUGUAGCGCGGCGACGCAGAAGGACUUUAGUGAGGUGUUCAAUCAGCUCAAUGGCACCGAGUCCGUAAGAGUCGGAGCCCACGAGACAGUCGAGGUGGUGUUGCUGUUUCUGGCCACACAGCGGACAGACGCAACGCCAGCGCACAGCCGGCGGCCGUCAUUGGGGCAGGUGUCCAACAGUGCGCCAAGCAGCGUGGCAGAAGAGCUCGUGGCAGCCCGGCAGACGUACGGGUUUCAGACCAGCGCGUGUGCGGUGUGGCUGCGGACUGAUGAAGACGGGUAUCAGGUGGAUCUGCGGGCCAGCUUCUGCCGUUCGGUGCUGGAGAUGGAUCCGCCGACAUCGCGGAUCUACCUGGACGACUGCGUGAUCGGGCGGCUGUACGAGCGGGAAUUCCGGGUUCGCAAUGCGUCGGCGAAUCGGUCUGGACUGGGCCAUGGCGGCAGUGGAGGGCACGGCGCCGCUGGCGACACUGCAGCUGGUGAGCGGCGGGCAGGCAGGGGAGGUACGGGGCGGGCAUUUGAGCGGGUAUGACAGUCCAGCAGGUGGUGCUGCGGUAUACGCCCGAGGCUGCAGGUGAGUUCCUGUGCCGGUUCCUGAUUGAAAACACAAACGACGCAGGCAACCAGCGACACUGGGUGUUCCGGGCGCGCGUCAGCCAGCGGCAGAAGCCGCGACGCAUCGAGCUGAUGAGCGCAGCAGACAUCAACUUUGGCGACUGCACCAGUGGCGUGUGGUACAGG